UUAUAUUUAAUACAAGCAUGAUUCAUGAUGUUAUAUUGACUGUGCUAGGUACCUGCAAACACAGGCAUCUUCAACUUGUUUGACUGAAUGGUCAUGCAUGGAAGGAGCGAUUACUUGAUUUAAUACAAUUAAGUUGGUGUUUAAUGGACCAAGACUUUGAAGUUUCAAACAUCUCAAGAGCCAACCAUCAAGUCGACUUGUUUGACAAAUAAUCAUGCAUGGAAGAAGACGGUCACUUGAUUUCAUACAGUACGGUUGGUGUUUAAUGGACCAAGACUUUCAACUUUCAAACAUCUCAAGAACCAACCAUCAAGUUCUGCAUGCGCCAAAUCUGACCUACUUAUUGGGUCAAGAAACUAACGCAGAACCUGACUUUCCUAUCAAAUAGAUAAUCCCAGCCGACCUAUGCAACUCAUUUACUAAAUAGGUCAAAUGGAUUUGGAAGGAGGAUUUAGUCAAAGUUGCAGUAAGCUUGGUGGAAUGGUAAUGAGGGAUCUCUUUGGUCCUGUAUGCCCUGCCCAUCCCCUUUCCUAGCAAUCCCUUGUAUGGUGUUGGGUAGCUGGAUUCACCACUCUUGUGCCUUCUCUUCUUUGUUUCCUUUUCUUCAGAGGACUCUUUGAUCUAAUUUUACAUCAGAAAAAACAAAAGUGAAGUCAGUCAAGUAUGUGAUAACAGGUUGAACAGGUCUUAGUAGUGAACCUGUGGAGUAGGUGAAUUUGGUCACAAUUGCCGUCUCCAAUACGUGGAACUAAAAUUACUAGACAUGUGGCCUCUGAAUUCUGAUCAUUGGCAUCCGUUUCAAUUUUCAGCGGCGCCUCCACAGCUAAUUAAUCAGCAAACCGUCCAAGCCAAUAACGGCUAUCCAAGGACCUGGAGAGCUUUGACCAGCCAUAGUCAAUUUCGGACUUCAAAGGAAGAAGGUGGAAACACCACAAGGAGGGCUCUCGUCCCCCAUGGGGGAAUGCUAUAUCAAUGCUCUUUCCAUUCUUGCUCCAAAGACUCCUCUAUUCUUUUCAAACUCCAAAGAGAAAGAAGAAGAACAGGAGGAGGAGCUUCACACUUGACAGGCCUCCAGACUCCAAUCUAAAGGAAGUAAAAUAUGCUGAUCCUCAUCCUGGUUUCCCUCGCCUUGGCUGCUCUCCUUGCCUUCCUUGUGAAGUUUGCAAAUGCAGAUGGGGAUUUCACAUUGCUUUCAAAAGGGCCUGCAAAGCAUGAAAAAAUUGAAGGCAAGGUUGUAUGGAUUACAGGUGCAAGCCGGGGAAUUGGCGAGGUUCUUGCUACACAAUUUGCAAGUCUAGGAGCCAAGCUGAUACUUUCUGCGCGAAAUGCAGUUGAGCUGGAACGAGUCAAAGCUAGGUUUGCUGGAAAACAAGUAGAAAUUCUGCCCCUGGACUUGGCAUCUGGGGAGGAGUCUCUUAGAGAAGCUGUUCAGAAGGCCGAAUCCUUUUUCUCUGCUGCUGGUGUUGAUUUUAUGGUCCAUAAUGCAGCCUACGAUCAUCCUCCGACAACAGCUUUGGCAAUAACCGAGGAAACCCUACUGACUACUUUCAAAACAAAUGUUCUGGGUACAAUUUCUCUCACUCGGCUUCUAGCACCAUAUAUGUUGAAAAGAGGGCAUGGUCACUUUAUUGUGAUGAAUAGUGCUGCAGGAAAGUGUCCUGCACCAGGUCAAGCUGCAUAUUCUGCUUCAAAAUUUGCCUUAAAUGGAUACUUCCACACAUUGAGUUCAGAGCUGAAUCAGAAAGGCAUUAAAGUGACUGUUGUUUGUCCUGGACCAGUGGACACAUCAAAAGAAUCUGGAGCUCAUGCAUCUGGACACAACGAUUCUGAGAAACCUGUGCCAGUAGAAAGAUGUGCACAACUAAUCAUCAGAGCAGCAACCCAUGGAUUGAAAGAAGUUUGGAUAUCAAAUCAGCCUGUACUGUUAGUUAUGUACCUGGUGCAGUACAUGCCGACCCUUGGCUAUUGGUUCAUGGACAAGAUUGGGAGCAAUCGGGUGGAUGCUUCAGCAAGUGAGUGCAACACUUCUGUUAUGGAAAUGCUCUUUGGCCAGAAGAAGAAAACAACUUGAGAGCUGCUCUGGAUGGCAGAGGCAGCUAAGGCACAAUGAAAUGAUACUACUUGAUCCGUAUGACAAUUUACUCUCCGUAUGCUGAUUUCCUUAGUUUUGGUUGGUAAAAAAAUGUAACCAUUGGAGAGCUUGUAGGAAGAAGAUUUACACUACCUGGCAUGUUAUGGAAAAAUUUGCUAUGUUUUCAAUGAAUAAAUCAGAUUUCACUUUUG